CGAGCAAACAGCAAUAUUAGUUAGCACUGUUAUUUUGUUUCAAACUUUGUUUUUCAAUUUUGAGUAUACUUAUGUUCCUUUAGUGAAAUACGACAAUCAAAUUACCAAUGCUCAAGACAUAAAUAGCAGAGAUUACAACGAUAACUAUCCCAGAACGGGCCAUCGCCACUAUAGCGCACGUGUGUUAUAAACAUUUAUACCUGAGGCAUCUAUAUGACCUGCUAUAUCUUCGACUUCAAUGCGUGACAAGUAUACGUGUUCCAAGACUCAGGAGAAGGCUAUCUGUUGCGGUUCCUGCUGCAGUAUAAUAUUUUUUAAUAUUCACAUUUACUGAAGCUUUUAUUGUCAGUUGAACGAGAUCAAUUUGCCAAAAAAGACAGAACUCGUAUUAUAACUAUUACUCAAUCUGGACGCCCAAACCGUCCUCUGGUCGUGAAUUGUUUGUGCCAAACAGUUGCGAUCAUGAAUAACGACGACAGACCGUACGCCGUGUUCAGUCUGGCCAUGACGGCGUACCGCGCCAGUAACGAACCUGAGCGGAAAAAGUAUGACAGGAUGGAGGUGCCACACUUGGACUUGCGUGAAUGUUGCAUGUCACUGUUCGAAAUCGUUGAUCUAAACGCGGAAAACGACAAUUUUGACCCGAGUGGUGACAGGACGUCCGUGUUCGCCAAGGUGGUGCAGGCCGACAACGAACGCAUGGAACGGUUCAAUGACAUCUGUGCAGUUGCCGCGUAUUACGGGCACAUAAAUUGCCUGAGGGUCGCCCACGAGAUGGGCUGCCCCUGGGAUGUGACGACCUGCAAUAAUGCGGCCCACGAGGGACACCUGGAGUGCUUGGUUUACGCGCAGGAGAUGGAUUGCCCCUGGGACGCGACGACGUGCAUGAACGCGGCCAAAGCGGGACACCUGGAUUGCAUCGUAUACGCACGCAGUAAUGGUUGUUUAUGGGACGAACAGACGUGUAGCAUGGCGGCGGGCAGCGGCCACCUCGAGGUACUGGAGUACGCGCGAGACAACGGAUGUCCAUGGGACGGGACGACGUGCAGCGAGGCAGCAAAGCAUGGCCAAAUCAGGUGUCUUGCGUACGCCCACAUUAACGAAUGUCCUUGGGACGAAGAGACAUGCAGCUUGGCGGCAGGCAGUGGCCACGUCAAGGUACUCGAGUACAUGUACGACAACGGCUGUCCACGAGGCAAAACUGCAUGCUCCAAGGCCGCCCAGUACGGCCAUCUGGAUUGUCUUGUGUACCUACACAGUACCGAGUGCCCUUGGGACGACGAUACUCCUCGGUCGGCUGCGGCCGGUGGCCAUCUGGACUGCUUGGCAUAUGCGUUGAACAACGGGUGCGAGUGGACCGAAUCAACUUGCUCCGCGGCGGCGGAGGCGGGCCACAUGGAUUGCCUGAUAUACGCACAUGAACAAGGAUGUUCUUGGGACGAAGCAACGUGUGCGGCCGCAGCGAACAGUGGCCAAAUUGACUGCCUGGCAUACGCACAUAAUAAUGGAUGUCCGUGGGACAAGACGACGUGCAGCAUGGCGGCGGGAAGCGGCCAUCUCCAGGCACUCAUGUACGCCCGAGAAAACAACUGUCCAUGGGACGAAUCUGUGUGCGCCGAGGCAGCGAAAGGUGGCCAAAUCGACUGUCUGGUGUACGCACACAAUAAUGGGUGUCCGUGGGAUGAGUCGACAUGUAGCAUGGCGGCGAGAAGUGGCCAAAUCUGGAUACUGUUGUACGCGCGACAGAACGGCUGCGCGUGGGAUGAAACGGCGUGCUCCGAGGCAGCGUUGAAUGGCAAGCUGGACUGCCUCGUGUUCCUGAACAGAAACGGGUGCCCCUGGGACUACAGUACUACCCAAUCGGCCUCGGCUGGUGGACAUCUAGACUGCCUGGCGUAUGCGUGGGACAACGGGUGCGAGUGGGACUCGUCUGCGUGCACAAUGGCCGCGAGACGUGGGCACAUCGAUUGCCUGGUAUACGCGUUUGUUAAUGAAUGCCCGUGGGACGAGCUGACGUUCAGCCAUGCGGCGGCCGGUGGCCACAUCAAGGUACUAGAGUUCUUGCGAGAAAACGGAUGUCCUUGGGACGAGACAACGUGCUCCGAGGCAGCGAUAUACGGUAGACUGGAGUGCCUUAUGUACCUGCACAGUAACGGUUGCCCGUGGGACGACAACACGCCCGCGUCGGCCGCGGCUGGUGGGCAUAUGGACUGCUUGAUAUACGCGAGGGAAAACGGGUGCGAGUGGACCGAAACUACGUGCGCCGCUGCGGCGCAGGAGGGCCACUUGGACUGCCUGAUAUACGCUCACAGUAACGGGUGUUUGUGGGACGAGCAGACAUACAGCAUGGCGGCGGGUAACGGCCACCUAAGGGUACUCGAAUACGCGCGAGAAAACGGAUGUCCCUGGGAUGAAACGGUGUGCUCCGAGGCCGCGGACAACGGCAUGCUGGACUGCCUUGUGUUCCUGCACAGAAAUGGAUGUCCCUGGGACGUCGAAACGCCUCGGUCGGCCGCGUUCAGUGGGCAUCUGGAUUGCCUGACAUACGCGCACGAGCAAGGGUGCCCGUGGGACUCGUUUACGUGCUCCGACGCCGCGAAGAGCGGCCACAUACAUUGCCUGCGGUACGCGCACGAGCAAGGGUGUCCCUGGAACGAAGUCACGUGUGCCGACGCUGCGGACAGUGGCAACCUCGAUUGUCUCAAGUAUGCCCACGAAAAUGGGUGUCCAUGGGAUAAUACAACGUACACCAAUGCGAUGAGUGCGUCGGAACUUGGAGACUCUGCGUGUUUGAACUACUUCCUUCAGAACUCAAGUUUUCUCAUUUGAUUAUUAUAUAUGUUAUGCCCAUUGCUCGAUGUUAUGUUCUUCAACAGGUGGUUCGUGUAUUAUAUGUGUGUGUUUUUUUUUACUAUUUAUAUUGGGUACCUAACAUCAUCAGAACGUACAAUGAGUAUUAUAUUAUAUAUUAUAAUUUGGUGCUACCACCUCUAAGACAAAUGUGUAAAAAAAAUGUAUAGUUUUAAAAUAUUUA